CUUUACGGCUGCACCGGAAGGCAGCAGCACCGCUCCGACUAACACAGAUGAUUCUGUCGUGCACAUAGCAACACUACAUUUCAACGAAGACUAACAACCGAUGACACGCCUGUUGUCAAAUUAACAUUUACGGUUCGGCAACAUAUUUCAAGAAAAUGAUCCCAGAACUGUCCAACCCCUCUGUGUGUAUGAAGGACCCUCAGAGGGUACAGGAGAUCCUGCAGUCUAUGGUGAAGGCUGGCUCUAACACCGUCCAGGUGAUCUCAGAUUUUGACAUGACCCUAACCAGAUUUGCAUACAAUGGUAAAAGGUGCCCUACGUGUCACAAUAUUCUUGACAACAGCAAACUCAUCUCUGAGGAAUGCAAAGAAAAGCUGAAGGAGUUGCUCAACACAUACUACCCCAUAGAGAUUGAUUCUUCACGGUCAAUAGAGGAGAAGUUGCCACUUAUGGUGGAGUGGUGGACUAAAGCUCAUGAACUACUGGUACAACAGAAGAUCAGGAAAGACAUGCUGGCCAUGGUGGUUCGGGAGUCUGAUGCCAUGCUGAGGGAGGGCUACCAGCUCUUCUUUGACCACCUGCAUGAGCACAGCAUCCCUCUGCUCAUCUUCUCUGCUGGAAUAGGAGACAUCCUGGAGGAGGUGAUUCGCCAGGCUGGAGUCUUCCACCCUAACGUCAAAGUCUUCUCCAACUACAUGGACUUUGAUGAUAGUGGAGUAUUAACGGCCUUCAAAGGAGAGCUGAUCCACAUUUACAAUAAAAGAGAAGGCGCCCUGCUCAACACCGGCCAUUUCCAGGAGCUGCGGACGCGGCCUAACGUAUUACUGAUGGGAGACUCUCUGGGAGAUCUGACCAUGGCGGAUGGGGUGCAGGACAUGGAGAACAUCCUCAAGAUUGGGUUCCUCAAUGACAAGGUGGAGGAGAGGAAGCAGUCAUAUCUGGACUCAUAUGACAUUGUGUUGGUAAAAGAUGAAACUUUGGAAGUCCCUAACGCUGUACUGCUCUACCUCACUGGCAAUAAGUGAACUGAGAACUUGAGUGUUUAUUGUCCACUGGCCAUUAGACACUCUGGCACCACCAGCUGAAGAAGCCCCUCUUCAGAAAGUUGUUGACAACCAACUAAGAAUGUUUAAUGAUUUUUGUUUUUCUACUAAAAGCUACACACUUUUGUAAAUGAGUCUGGGUUGGUACAAAUAGCUCUACCAGACUAAUCACAUGUCCAGUUGACAGUCACAGCUCACAAACACCAUGUCACCCUUUUAUAUCUGUCUACUGUCCUUUGCCUCAUGUGGUUAAUUUGCUUUUGGACCAUACUGUAUAUGUUGGAAGCUAGAUUAGCACUGUCUGCUGACUGUGCAGUAUGGCAAGUAUGUGGUUAUGGUUUUAUUUUAUUAUUAUUUGUUUGAGGUUUUUGGUUUUGUUAGACAAUUCUCAUGGUCAUAUAGGAUAUACUGUAAUGAUAAAGGGAAAGAAAAACGCACAACAUAAGUGGCAGCGCUUGACAAUAAAACUGUUCUACUGUUCUAGCUAAUUUUAACCUGAAACCUGAUGCUUUUAAACAAUGUUUAUCUCUCAAGUCUUCCAGUCUCUGGCCAUAUUGUCAAGCAUAGGCCUAUAAUAGUGGUUAUAUUUUUUGUUUUGUUUCUCUUAUAUUACACCACAGUGCUAGUCAGUGGUGUACCAUGACAGCUACACUUGAUAAAAACAAAUAGGUGAGCAGAAAAAAAACUAGAUAUUUUUAAAGAUCUCUAUUCACAAACCAUUUGUAUGAACUAACUGCUACCUCAGAAGUAUUACAGUUUUAGCAAGACAUAAAAUAAUUUAGAUUUUUUUUUAGAUUUUACAUUCUCUCACCUUUGCUUUUAAAGUGAGGUUCUGAAAAAGUCUAUUUCCACUGCAACACCUGAGUUUAAAACACAAUAUUCAAGAAUGACAGAUUUUUUGUCUGACAUUCGUGGACAGUGUGCCACAUACAGCAAGUGAUGCAUUUUUAUUUUAUUGUUAUUUUUUGUCCGAACUCAUUUCCUGUUAAAAUGUUAUAACCUGUCCGAAAUAAAAGUCAUUUUCAUCUGUU